AUGAAGUUCUCUCUGGCGCUCCUUCUCGCGCCGCUGGCCCUCGCCACGCCCCUGCGCAUCGCGACCACCCACGAGCACGCCCACCAUCUCGCCGAGCGCCAGGCCGCCGUCAGCAUCGACACUCUGUUCAAGGCUAAGGGGAAGGGCAAGCUGUUUAUCGGCGUCUCCGGCGACAAUGGCAUCAUGCAGCAGGGCAAGACCGAGGCUAUCAUCAAGGCCAACUUUGGACAGGUCACGCCCGAGUACUCGAUGAAGUGGGAUGCGACGGAGCCCACGCGGGGCAAGUUCUCGUGGGAGAACUCGGAUUUCCUUGUAAACUGGGCGACGAAUAAUAGCAAGUCUAUCCGUGGACAUACGCUGCUGUGGCACCAGGCCCUUCCCACGUGGGUUUCGGCGAUCAGGGACAAGAAGACCAUGACCAGUGUUUUGCAAAACCACAUCAGCACCGUUGUUGGCCGUUACAAGGGAAAGAUCAGGUCCUGGCCGGACAUGAAGGAUGUCGUCAAUGAGAUCUUCAACGACGACGGCACGUUCCGCAACACCACCUUCUUCAACGUUCUGGGCGAGUCCUACGUCGGCAUCGCCUUCAAGGCCGCCCGCGCCGCCGAUCCCACCGCCAAGCUCUACAUCAACGAUUACAACCUCGACAACAAGGACUGGGGCAAGCCCGCUGCGGUGGUGAAGAAGGUCAACCAGUGGAUCGCGCAGGGCAUCCCCAUCGACGGAAUCGGCUCCCAGUGCCAUCUCGCGCAGAACAUGUCGAGCAAGAUCCAGGGUGCGCUCGAGUUGCUGGCGACCGCCAAGGUGUCUGAGAUCGCCAUCACUGAGCUCGACAUCAACAAUGCCCCGCCGGCGCAGUACGCCGAGGUCGUGAACGCGUGUGUCAACGUGCCCAAGUGCCGCGGCAUCACGGUGUGGGGAGUUAGCGACAAGCAAUCUUGGCAGGCUUCCGCGAAGGUUCUGCUGUUUGACGAGAACUGGAACCCCAAGCCGGCGUACAACGCCAUUGCGGCCGCGUUGAAGAAGUAG